GUCCUGAGGGGGGGGAGCUCUGAGGGAUGGAGGAGCGAAAACGGCAAUGACAGUUAGUAGGGCAGGCUCUUCGCUAGUCGGUGGCGUGUGAAAGAGAGGCCGAAAAGGACAAUAAAAGGCAGAGAGAGCUUUUCAGAAGGAAACCGUAGGUGAGAAGGAAGGGAACUGAGGAGAGAAACACAAACAACGCUAGGUAAGGCUUGGAUUGACCCGUUACCAUGACAACAGAAGCGGGCUCUGAGACAGAGGUGAAGGAGAAAGCGGAGGAAACGUCUGCUCAGCCGGACCAGUCGGAGACGGCCGAGCAAGAAGGCCAGGAAGUGGCCAACGUCGAGGGAGAGGAGAAGGAAAAGGGGAAGGAGAAGGAGGGAAAGGAAGGCAAAGGGAUAACCCGGUACCUGCCGACGUGGUUUAAGAAGCAGAAGUCUCAAAGCCAGACAUCUCCUACGAAGGAGGUCCCACCGGCAGGAGAACCCGUCAGCAAGGCGACGGAGGGAGAGGAGGAGCCUGCCCCGGAGGUGAACGGUCACGCCGAGGAAGUGGAAGAGAAAGAGGAAGUGAAGUCGGAGGAAGCCAAGGAAGCAACAGCAGCUGAAUCCGACUCCACCGCCAGCGCAGAAACUGAGCCGGCCAGGGAAGAGAAGGUGGAAGACGCCACAGCUAAAAGUGAAGAGACGACCAAAGAGGCUGCUGAGGCAGAAGGAGCAGAGGAGGAGCAAAAGGAGAAAGAGCGCCAAGGACACGUGGAGGCUGAAGCCGACGGAGGAGAAAGCCAGACUUCAAUUUUCCAGUCUCCCCUUCGGCUGGUGAGGAAGAACAAGAUGAAGGUGGUGGUGUGUCGCGUCACCCUCCUGGAUGGGACUGACUUCACCUGCGAGGUGGAGAAACGAGCUAAGGGGCAGUACUUAUUCUUCAAGGUGUGCGAGCACCUAAACCUGUUGGAGAAGGACUACUUUGGCCUGACGUACAAGGACAGCCAUGAUGAGAAGUGUUGGUUGGACCCCACGAAGGAAAUUAAGAGACAAAUCCGCAGUAACAACUGGCAUUUUGCAUUCAGCGUCAAGUUUUACCCUCCCGACCCAUCACAACUCACGGAGGACAUCACCAGGUACCUUUUGUGUCUGCAGCUGCGGGAGGAUGUCUCUUCUGGCCGGCUGCCUUGCUCCUUCGUCACUCACGCUCUGCUGGGGUCAUACACGUUGCAGGCCGAAUUCGGCGACUACGAACCCGACCAGCCUCGUCCUUUGGACUUCAUCAGUCAGCUGACGUUUGCACCCAAUCAGAACAAAGAGAUGGAGGAGAAGAUCCUUGAACUGCACAAAUCCCACAGGGGGAUGACACCAGCACAGGCGGACAUCCAGUUUCUAGAAAACGCCAAGAAGCUCUCCAUGUACGGAGUGGACCUGCACCAUGCUAAGGAUUCAGAGGGAGUGGACAUCAUGCUAGGCGUGUGCGCCAAUGGGCUCCUGGUGUACAAAGACAGACUUCGGAUAAAUCGGUUCGCGUGGCCCAAAAUCCUCAAGAUAUCGUACAAGAGGAACAACUUCUACAUCAAGAUCAGACCUGGAGAGACGGAGCAGUUCGAGAGCACCGUGGGAUUCAAACUGCAGAACCAUCGGUCUGCUAAAAAGCUGUGGAAGGUCUGCGUAGAAAACCACAGCUUCUUCAGGUUAAACGCACCGGAGGCUCCCACCAAGGCCCGCUUUCUGACUCUGGGAUCCAAGUUCCGCUACAGCGGGCGAACUCAGGCCCAGACCCGGCUGGCGAGUUCCCUCAUCGACCGACCCGCGCCCAGCUUUGAGCGCACCUCCUCAAAACGCAUCAGCCGCAGUCUGGACGGAGCGCCGGUGAUCAGCAUAACUGAGGCUGGAAGUGAGACGGCUGAGAACGGACGGGACCCCCAUCUAGAGCUUCACUCUGACUCCAAGGCUAAGGAGGUGGACUUGAGCCACGUCGAUGUGGAAGCCAAGCCGUCCCAGCAACAGUCCCCUGGACGUGCAGAGCCUGCCCCCUCUCAGGUUCAUACGCUGUUAUUGGACCUCGAUAAGACCCAAGACGAGGUUCUGAAACACCAGGCUAGCAUAAGCCAGCUCAAGCGCUCCUUUAUGGAGGCGCCACCUCCCUCUCCUCCUCAGCCCAACCAGUGGGAGAAACGCCUCACCUCCUCUCCUGCUACAACGAUACGUGUCCAGCAGCAACAAGUGAGCCUGGAAGACGAAAUAGCUUCAGUGCUUCUCAGCAGACGCACUGCUGCUGAAUUUUACUCAGCCGCUCAGCCUCAACGCAGCGUUCAGGAACCAACGCUAGAUGCUGCUGCGACCACAUGUUCAGCCGCCGCCGCUGCUGCUGCUCCCACUGCUGUCUGCAGCUCAUCUGUUUCUGCACCUUCUGCCACCGAGGUCUGCGCGCCGCAAACAGAAGCAGCUCCAGCCGAUUAUACGAGCUCUGAUACCAAAGAACCUGCAAAGACCCCCGAAGUUGAAAUCGAGGAAACUGUUGUCAUCCAAGAAGUUUCCAGAGCGGUCAAACUUGGACUCGUGCCGGUUACGGCCGACUCUCCUGCCACCCCGCCUGCCGAACCGGAACCCAAACCUCAGGACCAGAUAGAGAAGGUUGAAGAGGAAGCGGCGGCGGUGGAAGAAGUAAAGCCCGUGAAGCCGGAGAGGGCUUCGUCGGAGAGCGAGAGCGAGGAGGAAGCGGAGUACCAGCCAAACGUUGCUGCAUCCAUCACUCAAACAAAAAUCCCAGAGGAGAAGGAAGAAGAAGAGGAGGAGCAGAUGACGAAGGAGGAGGAGCAGCAGCAAGUGUCUCCUCCAGUUGUUCCGGCUCCUCCAGUGGAGGCCAGCGAGCCUGCAGAAGAACUGAGUCAGGAGGAGGAGGAGGAGGCCAAGAAGGAGGACACAAGUGUUGUCGAGGAGAAGAAAGAUGAUCAGGAGGAGAAAGAAAGCGGACGUGAGACGGAGGAAAGCACGGACGAUCCGAUGGUGACGCCCGAAGAAGCGCCAGAGGGUCUCAUCCUGCCGGACGAGACCCUGGGGGCCAAACCCACGGAGGAACAGGAGCGGCCUAAAAUGAACGGGGAAGCCUCGCUGGUUGAAGUGGAUCCCCGGCCGCAGGUUAUUUGUUGCUCUGAGCCGCCGGUGGUAAAAACAGAAAUGGUGACUAUAUCUGACACGUUUGCUGCCCAGAAAACUGAGAUAGCCACAAAAGAAGUGCCCAUCGUGCACACGGAAACCAAGACCAUCACAUACGAGGCCGCACAGUUGGAUGGUAACGGUGAUGGAGAGCCUGGAGUGUUGAUGACCGCUCAGACAAUCACAUCUGAGUCUUUGUGCACCACCACAACCACGCACAUUACCAAGACAUUAAAGGGCGGGCUCUCGGAGACGAGGAUCGAGAAGCGCAUCGUAAUCACCGGCGACUGCGACAUCGACCACGACCAGGCACUGGCACAGGCCAUUAAGGAGGCCAAAGAGCAACAUCCUGACAUGUCUGUUACCAGAGUGGUUGUUCAUAAAGAAACUGAACUGGCUGAGGAGGAGGAGGAUUGACUGAACUCAGAACUGAAAGACCUGCAGUGACAACAUCUUCAUCGCUCUACAACGACCAGCCUGGACCACCAAAAGGAGAGAGGAAGAGGAGCUGGAUGACAGGAGGAAGACGAGGUUCAGCCGAGGGGGAGGAUGGAAGAUGUCGCUCUCAUUCCAGAUGGUCUUUCAGACACUUGUUUUGGUGCAUUUCAGUCCCUCAUUGCAAAAAGAGGGGGAACAAUCCCCUCCCUCUGUCUGAAGGAGCAAAAAGAACCACUUUAGCUUAACAUUUGUAGCUUCUAUUCUUUUAUAUUGGAGCGUUUUCUUUACCUGUUUUACAAAAAAAGAGAGAAUAUAGUGUCUGUGGCGUGUUGCAAAUAUCAAAUUAGGCAUUUGCUGAUCACCAACACGCAUGAGAUCGAAUACUUAAUCUAUGUCUCUAAUCUUAUAUCAGAAAGACUCUAAAAUGUCUAAAAAAUGACGCCGACGUCAAAAAGUUGAUGGCUUCAGACGGAAAAUAGAUCCGGAUUAUUUUGGUCUCAAGAGACACUUAUUUUUGUGGAUUACUUUAAAAAUGUGUCUAUAUGAAUUACGGCUCCCAUUUCCCCUUUUUAAAAUUGUGUAAAUGCACAGAAAAAUAUUUAAGUCGUUAAUCCGAUUUGAAGCAAAUGAAAACAAACCUGUUCUGUUUUUAAUUUUUAUUUUUUUUACAUUUUAAAACACUUAAUAGACACAAGCUAUUUCACAUUACUGCUUUGAAUUAAUUACGCAGAGGAGGGAGCUGUAACUGGCAUAUUGCAGUAAGUCAUCCAGGUUUUUUUUUUUGUUUAAUUGUUUGUUUUAAAUGUAGCUAUUCAUCCACAUUCCUUGUGUUGCCAGCUGCUGAGUAAGUUCAUCUUCAGUUCAGUUCCCGAUUUUACUUCACUGACACAAGGCGACGUUUUUUAUCACCGACGUUUGGUGACAACGGAGGGAUGGUGAGAAAUUACAUGAGCUUAAAAAGCAAAAUGUGAUGGUUUUUACAAUCGUUUAAAAUCUACACUGAAAGGAUUCGCAGCUGAAAAUAAACAGACUUGGACGCUGGUCGAUACAACAACAACAACAAAAAAGUUUAUAAAAAUACGAGCAGCUUUUUCAGUGACUUAAUUGCCUCCUUGGGUCCUACCACUGUUCAACACUAACCAUUCCUAAUGGGCCCCAGGGGAGCAUGGGAGAUUAAACUGACAUUUUACUGGGAGGGACGACUGGUAAACUGGGUGAUAAUUGGGAGAGUGCCAACCAAUACCUCGGGAAUGACAAGCAAUUGGAGCACGGAUACAAGUUGGCCUUACUCUGUGCAGGGGUCCAGCCUGACGACUAGAACUUCAUGCAGAACUUCCUUUCAUUUUAAAUUAUUCAGAGGAGCGAAGGUACCAAAACGAGGACGACUCGAAACCAGUUCUGUCCCAGUUUCAGACGAAUGCGACUUUUCCGCCAAUCGCUAUAAACUGCAAAUCUGUUUGUUGUCGUAGUUGUUCACUGUUCACGCCCCGGCCGCUUCUCAUAUCCUGCUACACGCCAGACUAGUUUAAGACGAGAAGGCACACGCGGGGUCAAAUCAAGCAUGCUUCACGCUUUUGUUUUUUUCCUGUCGACGUUUGACCAGUCUAGAGUAGGACGCUGCUGUGGUAGGACACUGUCUCAUGUGACGUCAUCAUGUCGCCGGCUGUAUUGUGACAUGUUUUUUGUGCAACCAAAUUUUCCGCUCUAUCCAAGUGUGUUAUCAGUUGCACGACAUGCUAGAGGGGUAAAACAAUUGGUACAACACAACAGUAUAACGCGGCAUGAAGGGAAGCAUGUUGGAGGACCUGAAGUGGAAGCUCAUAAUGGAUCUUUUCACGUUUUUGCAAAAAUGACACCAAACUUCGCCAUUUUUAUCACGACAAGCUGAAAGAAAGUUUUGUUUAUUUCUGAGAAAACACAUUCCUCCAAACUUUAGUUAAACAUUUUUUUUUUAUUAUUACGUUUAUUUAAAGUGAUACGUUUUUAUAAACAUCCAGUCUGGAAACAUGUCCAGUGGACUGCAAAGAGAAAGCUUUCUAAACACAGGUCUUACUUCUACUAUGCAGCUAAAUGACAUUCCACCGAGGAGGAGGAAGCUUUAACUUCUUAUCCUCUUGCGAAACAGAAGGAGAGAAAAAUCUUACUUUUCCAUCUCUAGGCAGCUUUGGAAGCCACCGCUGUUCCAGAUAGGAAAAUCCCAUUUAAAAGAAUCUGCAAUGCCACGUCAGCUGUAUCUGUGGAGCCUCUCAGUCUCUGUUUUCUCUGUGAAACUGGUCUAGAAGUUGGAGGGUGGGGUGUGUUGCUCCACCUUCCUGCUUAUUUGUAAUAUUGCCACUGUGUAUUUUGUUAAUGAAGAAAAACCACUACAGAUGAACGUUUCUGGCCAGCUUUUUCUCUGCUUGGGGGUUCUGGGCUCUCUCGAACCAAUCACAGGAGCUUUGGGGCCGCGAGGUUGACUUUUCCAAAAUGUUUGUAGCUUUUAAUGACACAAAAUUUUAAAUGGCGAUUAUAACUUACGCUUUGAUCUCCAAAAGCUGGCGACAGCUGAUUUUAAAUUUGUCAGGAGUUUUUAACAUUAAACUGAAAGCUCAUUAACGAAGCAAUGUUUUAUAAUCAAAUUGUUGUUGGAGGAAAAGUAUAUUCUUAAUGCUUCGAUCUCAGGCUUUAUUCUUCAUUUUUGACAGUAACAGCACAAUUUUUGUAUUUCAUCCAACAAGACAAAUAUUCUGUCCAAAACACUUUUUAUAAAGAAAGCACAUUUUGGAGAAAUUAACCAGCCACCUCUUUGCCUCCUGUUGACAACACAUCACUGGUAGAUUCUUUUGUCUAGAUGCAUAAUUGUGUUGUGUCUCCCCACACGCAGCCACUCCUUGCCCCCUUUGUAACACUGUUCAAAUAAACAAUUGUUAUACUCUGAAA